UCUGGAAAGUUGGGCCGCUGUGUUGUGUAUUUUCCGUGUUCUGCAGUGAAUUGGUGACCCUGCUGAUCAAAAGGCUGCUCUGCAAAGGUUCAAGGAGCAACACUGGAUGAACUCAGGGAAAACUGGCCACAUGUGGGCGAAGAGCGACUGUCGCAAGACUCAAAAAUAAUAAACCCGGGCAACACGUGAAAACUAACCAACUAAACUACUGGCAUACUUUUAUUUCUAGGAGGUGCUGAAGGUGAUGCGCACCAUAGAUGACCGCAUCGUCCAUGCCCUGAACACCACCGUGCCCACAGUCUCCUUCUCAGGCAAAGUGGAUGCCACACAAACCUGCAAACAGCUGUACGAAUCUAUGAUGGAGGCUCAUCUGAGCAGAGACAAAGCUAUCAAGGCCUGUAUAGCUCAAACAUCUGAGGUGGUGGGACACCUGCGUGAAGAGAGGGCAAAAGACAGCGAAAACCUGGCACUCAUCAAACAGCUCAGGAAGGAGCAGACCAAAUUGAAGCUCAUGCAGUCAGAGCUGAAUGUUGAGGAGGUCGUCAAUGAUAGAAGUCUGAAGGUUUUCAGUGAAAGGUGCAGAAUCCACUACACGCCUCCGAAGGUGAAGUGAAGCUCCGGCUGACAAAAGGAGCGACUCCACUCGAGGCUGAAAUCCAGACUGGAGCUGAAGCUGUGAGCUGCUGCUGAGUCCUGACUUCACUGCAGGCGGUUCAGCAUCCAGACCUCUCUGACCUCUUCUCCAUCUAUUCCAUUGUGAUUAUUGUGUUGCAUUGCCACCGCUGUCCAACAGUCACCCUUGUGAAAUAUUGAGAACUAUUGUACAAAAAGAAUUUUUUAAAAAGACAAUAAAACGUUUUCGAGUGA